AUGAUUACAAGCAGAUUGCUCUAUGGUGGUGGUACACCGUGGAUAAGACAAUUAAACAACACAGGAUGUCGAAUACAUCAGCUUCCAGUACAUUCAAGAAACUGUAACAAUUAUAUAUUUGGUAAUUUAUUUGGUUGUAUACGUUCUUAUAUUACAUCUAAUAAGAAUAUUCUUAAUAAACCAGAGUCAGUUAUUAAGAAUUAUAGCAUCAGCAUCAGCAACAACGACAACGACAAUAAUCGGAAGAAAAGUGACAGGCUUUUAACUGAAAGAGAGAAAUUGGCUAAUGAAGAUUUAGAUGAUCCAGAGGCUCAGGCCUCUUUAUAUAAGGAAAUGUUAAGAUUUGGUUUCCCAAAUUAUGUAGUUUCACGGUUUGAAACACAGGGUGUGAGUUCCAAUUUAGAAUGUUUCCGAUUAUAUAUUGAGAGUUUAAUGAAAUUGGGACAGUUCGAGAAAGUUAGGUCGAUUAAACGACAGAAACUCUUCAUUGAUCCUUACCAAAAUUUUAUAAAUGACAGUAAAUCGAGUAGUAUCAGUAACAGUAACAGUAAGAAGUCGAACUUUGGUUCUAAAAAAAUUCCAAUUCAUGUAAUUGUAACUGAAUCAAAACUAGUUUUGUUUGUAAGAUUUUUAAAAUGGUCAGUUUUCAUUGUUCUAAUCCUAUAUUUACUGUCGAAGCUAGCAGAUUUAAUUGAUGAAAGUUCUUCAAUCUUGCCCAAUUCAGAAUUCGCUAAUAAGACUAUUCAUUCAGUUAAAUCAGAUGUUAGAUUUGAAGAUGUAUGCGGUUGUAAUGAAGCUAGAGCAGAACUUGAAGAAGUUGUGGAUUUUUUGAAGAACCCAAGUAAAUAUGAAUCUCUUGGUGGUAAACUGCCAAAGGGUAUCCUUAUAACAGGACCACCUGGUACUGGUAAAACUUUACUGGCAAGAGCAACGGCUGGUGAAGCUGGUGUUAAAUUCUUUAUGAUGUCAGGAUCUGAAUUCGAUGAAGUAUAUGUAGGCGUUGGUGCCAAAAGGAUUAGAGAUUUAUUUACUGAAGCUAAAGCUAAUGCUCCUGCUAUUAUCUUCAUAGAUGAGUUGGACGCAGUUGGUGUCAGACGUACGACACUAGAUCCCGCUUAUACCAAACAAUCUUUAAACCAAUUGCUAGUGGAAUUAGAUGGGUUCUCCCAGACAUCUGGUAUCAUUGUAAUUGGUGCAACUAAUUUCCCUGAGGGUUUAGAUAAAGCUUUAACAAGGCCUGGUAGAUUCGAUAAAAUUGUAAAUGUCAGCCUACCUGAUGUCAGAGGUAGAACAGAAAUUUUGAAAAGACAUAUGAGAAAUAUCACAUUGGAUCUUGAUGUUGAUCCAGUAAUACUUGCUCGUGGUACCCCAGGUUUUUCAGGAGCUGAUUUGGCAAACUUAGUUAAUCAAGCUGCUGUUUAUGCAUGUCAAAAUAAUGCCAAGACAGUAAAUAUGUCUCAUUUUGAAUGGUCAAAGGAUAAAAUACUUCUUGGUGCAGAAAAGAAGUCAAUGGAAUUGACUAAAAAGACAAAAGAUGUUAUUGCAUAUCACGAGGCAGGUCAUGCAAUAAUGGCUCUCUUCACACCAGGCUCUGUACCGUUAUAUAAGGCAACUAUUCUCCCAAGAGGUGAGACAUUGGGCAUCACAUUUCAACUGCCAGAGAUAGAUAAAGUUGAUGUGACCAAGAAAGAAUGCUUGGCAAGGUUAGAUGUUUAUUUAGGUGGUAGAAUUGCUGAAGAAUUGAUAUUUGGUGAAGAGAGUGCAACUAGUGGUUGCACAUACGAUCUAAAGGAGGCCGCCAAAACUGCAAAAGCAAUGGUCACUAAAUAUGGUAUGAGUAAAAAAGUUGGACUUCUUAAUCUUGAAGAUGAUAUAGAGAAUUGUUCUCCUAAAUUCAAAGAUUUGAUAGAUAAUGAAGUGGUCAGGAUUUUAAAAGAAUCUGAAACCCGCACAAGAACUUUGCUAGCAUCGAAACGACAGGAAUUGGAUAGGCUCGCACAUUCUCUAUUGGAAUACGAAACUCUUAAUGCCAAUGACAUAACAAAAGUUUGUAAGAACGAAGAGUUAGAUAAUCUAAAAAAUUAUUGA